GUCUGAUUUAUACACAGAAGGCAAUGGGCAAAUGCUGCAAAUGCAACGGGAGGCUUCUGUGCAUGUGCCUGCUGCCUUGCAUGAUGACCGGCCACCUUCUGAUUUAUGUCAUGGUGUCCAUAUUUGUCACCAUUUCCUACGCUCCUCCAAAAAUAACCAUUCACUAUAUUGCCCCAGGGAUUUCUGAUAGCAACUCUGCUCUGGCCUCUCACCCGCUUGGCCCUUUCUGGAACCUUCGUCUGGAGGACAGUGCACUGUGGAACCAGCUGCAGCAUGCAUGGGAUCGUCAGCACAAUCCUAUUCUGCAGGGAAACACAACUGGGGUGCUGAGGAAGCCAAAAGCUAAGCUUUUAGCAGAAAUUGAGGACGAAUGCGUAUCUGACUGCAUGUCACACAAGUGUUCAGUCCCUCAUAUGCAGGAUUUUAACAGCCUGCCAGAACAAAUGAAGGCAUUCAUCAGGUCAAUGCACUGCAGAGAGUAUCCACUCCUUAUCAAUCAGCCUGGUAUGUGUAGGAAGAACAACAGUAGCUUGGAUCUGGACACUCCCAUGCUUCUCAUGGCUAUCAAAUCUCAAGUGGGGAACUUUGAAAACAGGCAGGCCAUCCGUGAAACGUGGGGACGCAGUGGCCUGGUGAGGGCGGGGUCAAUUAAGAAAGGUAGGUUAGUGCGCACAGUGUUUCUACUUGGAAGGCAAGAUUCAAGUACAGGUCCUCACCCAGACCUACAAAACCUCCUGGAUCUUGAGAACGAGAAAUAUGGGGAUAUCCUACAGUGGGAUUUUAGAGACACUUUCUUUAACUUAACCCUGAAGGACUUGAUGUUCUGGAACUGGUUCCAGCAAUACUGCCCCACUGCCAUCUUUGUGUUCAAAGGCGAUGAUGAUGUCUUUGUUCGAACAGAUGCCCUUCUGGAUUACCUGAACAAGCAGUGGGAAGAGCACAACCUGUGGAGAGCCUACACAAAUGAAACUGGCAUGGAUUUGUUUGUGGGGGAAGUAAUCAAUAACGCCAUGCCAAACCGUGAACCAUCCACUAAAUACUACAUACCAGAAAGUUUCUACAAAGGUGUUUACCCACCGUACGCUGGUGGAGGAGGGGUUGUAUAUUCUGGAUCACUUGCUUUAAGACUGAAAGAGGUGUCCGAGAGGGUGCGCCUUUUCCCAAUAGACGAUGUGUAUCUGGGCAUGUGCAUACACAGACUCGGGCUCUCUCCAAACCAUCACCCGGGUUUUUUAACAUUUGAUCUCCCGGAGAAAGACAGAGGCAAAACCUGCGCCUACAAAUCUGUUCUGCUCGUUCACAGACGGAGUCCCAAGCAGAUGCUGACGCUGUGGAAGCAGCUCCAGAAUCUCUCCAGUCAAUGCUAAAGCUCAUUUGCCUGCCAAAUAAGAUUCAUACAGGAUGAAUGCUGCAACCACACUCAAUUGAAAAACAUACACACUGUGACUGCAACUUUUUUUCAAGUAGGUAGUACCCUAUGAAGGUCGCAUGUAAUGUACCUUCCCUCCAAAGAGUUACAUAACACUGAAGAGGAGACUGAUCUACCUCAAAGGGUACUUUUACUUUGAAGGCAUUACACAAUAUUUUUCUUCAAACCAAUACUGAUAUGUAUUUGUACUCUUUCAACUAAAAAGUUUUAUUUUAUUACCCUAUAAAGAAAAAAAAUAUAUAAUAUCUUUAUUGCCUCUUUAUGUUUUAAGAGAAUAUUUCACUGGUGAACAUGAAUCCAUUUCUGUUUUCUCAUGUUUUACUAAUUUUCUUGCAGUUCCAACCAAGAGUAAUAGUCAAAAUGUCUAACAUCAACUUUGCCCAACACUGAAAAUGCAACUGUUUCUGAUGAAAUUAAUAGUUUUCAUGUGCAGUCUUUGUAAGUUUGAUGAUAAUUUAUAGCAAAAUCUGGUUUUGAGAGUGGUUCUCUUUAAACCAGGGAAGGUGAAAUGUUUAGAAGAAUUAUGUUUAUUUGAUCUGGGGAAUGGUGUGAACAAAACAAAAGAAAAAGAUAUUUUUUUUCUGUUAUGGAUUUCUGGUAAUGAAUUAUGCAGUUGAUUAUUGAACAAUUUUGUUUUCAAUUGGGGUGGGGUAGGGGGGUUAUUGUAGAUUAACUAACCUUAUUAUUUGUUGCUAU